AGUGCGUGAGAGUGGUUGAUAAACAGGAACGAACCCGCGAGCGAUAUCGAUUAUUAGCUUUGCAUUCGGGCAAAUCCUAUUCCGUGCACCCUGCUUCCCUCAGACCAGAUGGAACAGCCGCAGAUUGCAGAGGACAUGCGAAUGACGUGCUCACAGGGUCGUCUGCUGGAGAUGGGCGAGCAGACCCACCUGGGCUUGAUGGCCGGGCGCGACACCCCCCUCAAGGCCGAGGUCGACGACUACGAAAUGGUCAGCCUCGAGAACGGGCGCGAGAGUCCUUCGUCGCUCAAGAACAGCCCCGAGGAAGGGCGCCACGACCACCACGCGGGCGUCGGCGCUGAUAGUGGGCGGGACAGCCCCCUCAAGCCUGACAGCGAGGGCAUGGUUCUCGAGGGCGAGGACGUGCUGGCGAAGCUUCGAGAACAAGUGUCUUCGGCUAAGCUCCUGACUCAGGGCAUCAGCAACAAUAACCACAUCAACAGCUUGUACGACCGCCUUCAUACCCUCCUCCAGGGGAAGAUGGCCAAGGGGGAGGACGGCGAGGGGGGCGAGGACUCGCGCGACCUGGUGCUCCGGGCGGAGGCGCUGCAGAGGCAGAGGGAGUCGCUGCUGUCGUCGCCACAGGCGCUCAUGAACGCCAUGAGGGGCGGCGGGCCGCCCUCGCUGGUGCCACCCGGGCCGCACCUGCCGUUCAUCCCCAGCACGGUCGGCCUCCCGCCCACCUCACAGAUGCCGCCCACGCCUGGGUCGGCUGGGUCACGCGACUCCUCCGGCAACGGCACGCGCACGCCCUCGCACACGCCCGAGCCGCACCAGAGUCAGCAGUCCUGGAGCUUCGAGGAGCAGUUCAAACAGGUAAAUCUCUCAGGUUAA